CGGUCUGAACUCGUACUGGGCGCGCGACCGACGUUUGAACGGAGAAGGAAAAAACCGCGAAAGGGGCAGAGUAACGGCUGGCGGCGGCGGCUCCGGCUCACGAUGAACGAACAGGCGGCACUGCCUCGGCUGGAAUUGCCUAAGCAGCCAUACAGAAGUAGAUUCUACAGAGACAAUGCAUUUGGGAGACUGACGGGAAAGCCAAUGAACAUUGUUUUGCAGAAAAAUGCAAAUCCAUCAUCGAUUGUUAACAACUUCUUGGCUGGACUAGAUAGUAUUAAUAAUACUGGGCCACAGCUAGAUUCUACAUCCCAUUUUGAAGUUCAAUUUUCAGAAGGGAAAAACCCAAUGAAUGAACCUCCAAAGGAUCUUCAAUAUAAAAAGUCUAUUAUCAGAACACAAUUGCAGCCACCUGAAAGUAGUCAAUCUCAUCAGGCACCAGAAUAUUACACAGUCAAGGAGGGAGAAAAUAAUGGCUCAAGCAGUUCAAAAAAGCAGACUGCACUUCGGGUAGAACCAGUAGCUAUUGUUUCUGACAAAGCCAAUGCAGGUGACAAUGGUGAUGGUGUUUUCAUCUCUGACGCUAAUCAAGAUGGAAAAGAUUUUGAUGAACCAGAAAGAUCGCUCCUCAUUGAUGUAGAGGCACUAGUAUUGGAGGCUGAUGCAUCUCCAGAAAAGUUUGGGACCACUUAUGAUGUAGAAACUUCAGUCGUCAACUCAACUCCAUAUCCCUCAAAACCUUCGCAAAAUUCUAAACCAAACAUGAGGUUAUGUUUUAAUACAAGUGUAACGCCCAUAGCUGUGAAGAGUCCUAACAUAAGAGCUCAACAGAAGAUUGUCUCAAACGCUUUAGGAGUUGAAGAACCCAAGACUUUGUCAAGCUGUUUUAGAAAGAAACCAACUGUUUUAGGAUUGACACAGCCACCACAAGUUGAGCCACUUGUUCUUACACCAAAGUGUAAUGACUUUGAAUUUGAAUUGGUGGAAGAAGGGAGCUUCUGUUUUGAAUCAUGGACUUCCAGACCAAGGAAGGCACUGAGUCAGAAACCCAUUGCACAAGAAAAGAAAUCUAUCUUAGAUGUGAAGAAUAUAACAAAGAAAGAAAAGCACCAGAAAGCAGAUGGAAACCAAGUUGCUGCCUCAGAUGUAAAACAAAGGGAACCAGCAAAUGAGCAUUUGCCCCUUAAACAAUCAGAGGAUGCAAAAUCUUGCCAACAAAACAAGCAGGGAUCUAGCAAAAGCUCUGUAUGUACUGCAAAGAAUAAUACUGAGAGAGAGUUACAAAAUGAACCUUCAGCUGCCUCUAGAUGGUCUUUGACCUCCAAGAAAAGAACAGAAUUGGGAUAUGCAAAACAAAGAAAGUCAAGAGAAGUGUGUGUCAAGUCUCAGGAGAACAGAGAUGAUUGUGAGGCAUUCCAGGAAGAUUCACUUUUAUGCCUUGUAAAGAAGACUAAUAAAAUGGAUUCUAAUGCACUUGAGCAGGGUGCUUUAAGUUGUAAGAACUCUGCAGAAGCUGGCAGUUCAACCAAUUUAGCCAAAGCAGAUGAAAAUAACAGAAAAAUGCCUAGUAAAAGACUUUGCUCUAGAAUUGACACUCCAAGCAAGCAGUCUUUGGCUAAAAGACCAAUAUCAGACCCGUACACUAAAUGUGUGGAUCUGGAAUCUAUGCCAUUAGCUCAGACCACAGCAGAUAAUAAUGAUAUUGAUGAAUCAGCUGGAUUUGAAACAUAUCAGCUAAGAAAAAGCGUGUAUAGUGGGAAGAAUAAAGAAACUACCAUUGUGAAUGGAUCUCCAGCUCUUUCAAAACUCCCACAGAAAAUUAAAUCAAAAAGCUUAAAUACAAGUAAAACACCUGGGGUCUUGAGCAACUUUUUUGUGAGUCAACAAAAGGGAUAUCCAUCUGAGAACUUUGUUCCAUCUGAGAACGUUGUCCCAUCUACAUCUGGACUUGAAAAACAACAGAAAGAAGCACCACUUAUUCCUCAAGCAAGAUUUGGGAUAAAGUCUGCUUUAUCUGCAUUACCACACCCUGUUACACAAUUUACUCCUGUUACUCCAGCACCCAACACUGAAUUUGUAUUUGAAUCGGAAGAAGAAGAAAACUUCUGUUUUAAGUCAUGGAUUACAAUACCAAAGAAAGCCUUUGUGCAAAAGCAGGAUCCUGUUGAAUUAGAGAAGGAACGUAUUGUGGAUGCAAAGACAACAAAAAACAAGGAAAGAAAGCAGAAGGCGACAAAAGAGAAAACAUUCACUAUUCAAUCAAAGAUAAGUGAUAAAAAUCAGUUAGCUCAGAAUAUAAAAAACAAAGCAAAAUAUGAAAAUCAAUCUCGGAAACGUCCUGCAUAUCCAUUAAAAAGUACUACUGAGAAGGAGCAAAAGGAAGUACACAAUGAAUCUUCAUUCCACUCCCCUCCCAGACAAAAAAAAUUGAAAUCUGCAAGGCCAAGGAAAAAAUCUAUAGUUGAAUCUGAUAGAGACAAAAAUCAGAAAAAGUUACAAGAGGAAUUACACCAAGAACCUCAUUUCUAUGUUACGGGAUCUAAGAACAGAACUGAAAAGGCUGAACUUUUUGAUCAAAGUACAAGUGCUUAUAAUAAGUUUUUAGAAUCAAACUCAAUAAAUUUGGCUUCAUCCCAUUCAAAACACUUGUUGCCUUCUGAUAAAACAAAGUUAGAAGGCAAAAAAGGAAGACAAAGAAAGAAGUUUGUGGCCAAGUCUAAAAGAGCCAAAGAACAAGAAGAAAUUAAGGCCAGAUUUUGUGUUCAGGAAAAUGAAAAUGGAAUGGAAGAGUCCGGAAUGUCUAAGCAGAAUACAAUUCCAAAGAAUCCCUCAGAAUAUGGAUAUUCAGUAAAGGAUUACAAUGAAAAGAAAUCAAAGCUGCCUUUAUUUGCAAAAUCAGGCUCUGAGAGCAAAAAGAGAACCAAAAAGAAACAAAAACAGAACCGAACAGUUAACAAAGAAAUGGCAAAGAAGGGAACUCAGCCAAUGAAACAUGGCUCUUCCAAGAAAAGUCUUCCUUCUUACCAUGAACCUGAAGAGAACCCUACACAAGAUAAUGCUUUCAAUGUACAUUUAAGGAGCCGACGCCUUAUCAGACCACCAUCAAAGUGGUGGGUGGUACAGCAUUCUGACAAUGAUUUGCAAACAGAGUUGAACACAAAUUACUCACCAGAACGGGAGGCUAAUUUACAAGGAAGGUCGGCGACGUUAAAGUUUGCAAAGUCACAAAUGAAGAAAAAGAUGGUUAUGAAAACACCUUCAUUUGCUCAAUUGGAUACAGAAGAACAUAUUUCAGAGGAAUACACCUCUGAGAAGGAUGUUUCUGAAGAUGUUUAUUAUCCAGAUAGUCCACCGGGAGAUCAUGUUCAUAAUAUAUCAAAUAAGAAGCAAGGUAGAAAGCAAAAGUACACUUCAGCCUCAACCAAACCAAAAAAACGAUUGUUUUCAGAGGCCGAAGAAGAAAAGGCCAAAUCCUCUGAUAGGCACCAGCGCAAAAAGCAAAAAUUCCUUCAGAAACAAAAAGUUCAUGAUAUCAAUGUACAUGAUAAAACUGGAAUGGAACAAAAUGAGAAUUCUGAUGAACUUACAGACUCUGCUCAUGUUUCUCCAACUUCAAGGGAAACUAAGCACCUUACCUCUUUAUCAUCAAAACCAACUAAACAAAAACCCUUCCAAAAAUCUUUAGAAUCUUUCAGCACUACUUCUGUUGUGAAGAUUCCACAAAAACCUGCUCAUGAAUCUCCAGAAACUAUCAGUGUUUCCUCAGGGGCCAUAAUGAGUCCCAGAAAGUCCAAUACUAGACUGGCUAAUCAACCUUGUAUGAGUCCACAGGUUUCUUCAUUUACUCCACAUGGUGUUGCAGUGAGCACAGGAAGAUAUCAAAAUAAGACCAUUCCUUCUCAAAAGACAUUAGACGAGAAUGAGGAGGGUGAUGAAUGCACUACCCCUCUAAAAGGGAAGAGAACUUUAGAGCGAGGACAGCUCUGUAGCGAAUUGCCUGUUUUUAAUAAGAGUGGCCCAGGGCCCACUGUGAACUAUCAAGAAUCAUCAGAUGCAGGAGAAAGUAGACAUAUUGAGCAUGAAGUUGACAACAAUGAGAAGAAGCCACCUGAAGGAGAGGGAAGUUUGAAAUCAACCCGUGUGUGGAGCGAAAAGGAAAGCAGUGAAAUAUUUAUGGAUUGUGUUAAAACUUCUGAAAUGUGCAACUUCUUUUAUCCAUUAAGGACUGAAUAUGAUGAUAAUAGGUCCAUUGCAAUCUGCAAGAGUUUAAAUAUGAAAGCAUUUUCUUGUGGGAAACUUGUAUUGGGACCAUACAAAGAAAAGGGUUGUCAGAUGGUUUAUAAAGACACCAUGGUAUUUCACAUCCUAAAGGGUGAUCUACGUAUUACUAUAUACCGUACAACAUACUAUCUCAAAGAAGGCGAUUACUUCUUUGUGCCUUCAGGUAACACUUACAAUGUUACAAAUCUUCAGGAUACUGAGGCUGUUCUGCUUUUUACACAAUUGAAAGGAGCCACAAUGAUGUAAAUAAUGUAGUCAAAGAACAAGUUUUGUCGCCUGUAAUUAUUUUGUACAUUUGGACUGUAUUUCAUAAUAGUUUGUGAGCAUUUUUGCUUAAAAAAUUUGUACACAAUGAAGCUGAUGUAAAAAACUCAUCAUUUGUAAUAAAAGCAAAUAGCUUGAGUCAUUUAUUAGAAUAAUUGAGUAUUUAUGGAAUUUUGAAUCAUUGUCUGCUUUGAAAUAUACCAGUACUACAUAGACUUUGCAAUUUUUUAUCUGCAUGAUACCCUUUGGAAUAAGGACUGAUAAAUAUUGUAAUUAGGGUAGAAUUUUAAACAAAUUUUUAGGAGGUAAGUGCAAUCUGUGGUUUAUUUACAGAAAUUUAGUUUUAACAACCAAAGAUGAAUUUUUUUCAAAUAUGCAGUGGGAUUUAUUGUAAAAUAUCAGUAACUAAAACCUGUAAGUCAACAUCUUAGUGCUCUGAAUUUCUGUAGAGAAAUGAAAGGUGAUAGGAAUCCAAAAUAGGCCCACACUCAGUAAAAUAAUUUAAACAAAAUCAUCUCUGCAGAAGUAUAUUUAGUUACGUCAAUGCUGAGGAAAUAUAUUCAACAAGCUAUUAUUUUUCUGGGUUCUUUUUGUUCUUUUUGUUGAGAUUGUCCAAGAUAAUUUUUAUUUUUUUUCAGUUAAGGGGCAGAGGAAAUUCCUAUUUUGAAUAAUACAUAAUGUUGUGAGAUUGGUACUUGUAUACUGUAGAUGAAUUAUUUAGUUAAGAAAAAGGAUGUAGUGAAAUAAUUAAUGAAAGAAAGUGUUCCCAUUUUUACUUAUUUGUCAUAAUGAUAUUAAUGUAACUGAGAAUCUUGACUGUUUAUAAUUCUUAGAAUUAAAACUACUCUCCCCUUUCUAAUUCUCUGUACAGUAAACAAAUUAAUUUAAAUAUUUUUCUAUUUUCAACUAUUGUAAAUGAGUGGAAUAUUUUGUAAACUGAACUGUACUUGUAACAACUCAUUAGUUUUUCCAAAAAAAUUGACUUUCAAAAACCUGGGGAAGUUAAAAGAUGCCGAAGUAUAUAUGUAUAAAAUAAUGCUUCAUUCCAGUAGAGAAUAUUUGCAGAGAAAACAAUUUUGGUGCUUUGAAAAAAAUCUUGUGUUUAGAAUGAACAGAUAAUG